AUGGAGGCUACUCACUCUCGGGUCGUGCCCGUUCAGACGCCCGCGCAGUCAAAGCCGAAGCAGGUGCAUUACCCUUUUUGGUUUGGGGGUUCGGCCUCAUGUUUUGCUGCGUCCGUGACGCACCCCUUAGAUUUAGGUAGGUUCCUAUAUCCUCCCUGA